UUGGCCUGUUUCCUCAGCUUUAAAUGCGACCCCCUCCAACACUCAGGGCUGCUGGGAGGGUACGAUGAGCCGACAAGUGUCAAAUGCCCUCACGGGGUAGGAGCUCUGUGAACGUCAGUUCCCCUGAGGCUCAUCGCACCUUCUGGAGACCCGGAAUUCCCCGGAAUCGGGAAGGGCAGAGGCUGGUUCUCCAGGUGGCUCGGAGGCGGUGCCCCCGCAGACCAGACCUGGGUUCCUGCCCCUACCUACCUGGCAGGUUCGACUGCAGUGACAGACAAGUCACUUCCCUCAGCCGCGGCCCUGAACCUGCUCAGCCCCGCCCAGCUUACCUCCAAGGUGGCCCCGAGGACCCCUUGUGAGCCUGUGGGUUUGUUCUAAAUCCAGCCUGACACCCCUCAAGCCGAAUGGAAGUGCCAGGAACAACCAGCCAAAAGAAAUAAGUCUGGGGUUGCUCCACUUAAGACCCACCGUGUCUGGUCCUCUCCAAGACCUGGGUCCUCAGCCCUGCCUCCCUGGGCUCCACCUCUGCGGGGUAACAGAAUGGUUGAGGCCCAGAGCACAGCUCAGGUGACCCAGCCGGGCGGAGCCGGGGACUGGGGCGGGGGCGCCUCCUGGGAGGAGGGACCGAACCCUGGAGCUCUGCGUAGGCUGCCUUUUCCCGCCGCGGAGGCUCUGCACCUCACCUGCGCCCCGCCCCCGGCCCCGCCCCCAACGUGCCUUGAGGCGGAGACGCGGAGGGAGGGGCGGUGGCCACAGCGUGCGGGCUCCGCAGGCAGGGCUGGACGUGUGUCUGGCCCUUUAAGGUCCGCCCCGAGGAGGUGCCAGGCCCUGGUGGCGCCGGACUCUCCUUCCUGGUCCUGCGGGGCAGGGACCGUCUGCCCGCGGGGCCGAGGGAGGGCGUCGCGCCGUCCCGGCCUAGGGGCCCCCGGCCUGGCCCCAUGGCCCUGGUCACAGUAAGCCGCUCGCCCCCGGCCAGCGGCCAGUCCACGCCUGUGGGGCCCACGCAGGACCAGGUGUCCCAGCGCAGAAGCCGGCUCCAGCGAAGGCAGAGCUUUGCAGUACUCCGAGGGGCUGUCCUGGGACUGCAGGAUGGAGGGGAUGAUGGAGAUGCCUCCAGGCCCAGCCCAGAGCCAGCAGAGGAGCCCCCCAGGGAAGGUCAGCCCCACGGGGACCAGACAGACAACGGGCACGGGCCCCCGAGUCCUGGCAAGCAGGAGCAGAGUCAACACCUGCACCUCAUGGUGGAGCUGCUGAGGCCACAGGACGACAUCCGCCUGGCAGCCCAGCUAGAGGCGGCUCGGACCCCCCGGCUCCGCUACCUGCUGGUCGUUUCCACCAGAGAAGGUCUGAGUCAGGAUGAGACAGUCCUUCUGGGUGUGGACUUCCCUGACAGCAGCUCCCCCAGCUGCACCCUUGGCCUGGUCCUGCCUCUCUGGAGUGACACCCAGGUGUACCUAGAUGGAGACGGGGGCUUCAGCGUGACCUCCGGGGGGCAGAGUCGGAUCUUCAAGCCUGUCUCCAUUCAGACCAUGUGGGCCACGCUCCAGGUGUUGCACCAGGCGUGUGAGGCGGCUCUCAACAGUGGUCUUGUGCCAGGGGGCAGUGCCCUUGCCUGGGCCAGCCACUACCAGGACAGACUGAGCUCUGACCAGAGCUGUCUCAAUGAGUGGACGGCCAUGGCCGACCUGGAGUCUCUACGGCCUCCCUGCACAGAGCCCAGCCGGCCCUCAGAGCAGCAGCAGAUGGAGCAGGCGAUCCGGGCCGAGCUGUGGGAGGUGCUGGACGCCAGUGACCUGGACAACGUCACUUCCAAAGAGAUCCGCCAGGCCCUGGAGCUGCGUUUGGGAUGCCCUCUCCAGCAGUACCGUGACUUCAUCGACAACCAGAUGCUGCUGAUCAUGGCCCAGCAAGACCGGGCGUCCCGCAUCUUCCCCCACCUCUACCUGGGCUCAGAGUGGAACGCAGCGAACCUGGAGGAGCUGCAGAGAAACAGGGUGAGCCACAUCUUGAACAUGGCCCGUGAGAUCGACAACUUCUACCCCGAGCGCUUCACCUACCACAACGUGCGCCUCUGGGAUGAGGAGUCGGCCCAGCUGCUGCCCCACUGGAAGGAGACACACCGCUUCGUGGAGGCCGCCAGGGCACAGGGCACCCGGGUGCUCGUCCACUGCAAGAUGGGCGUCAGCCGCUCGGCUGCCACAGUGAUUGCCUACGCCAUGAAGCAGUACGGCUGGAGCCUGGAGCAGGCUCUGCGCCACGUGCAGGAGCUCCGGCCCAUCGCCCGCCCCAACCCCGGCUUCCUGCGCCAGCUGCAGACCUACCAGGGCAUUCUGACUGCCAGCCGGCAGAGUCAUGUCUGGGAGCAGAAAGCAGGUGGGGCCUCCCCAGAGGAGCCCUUGGCCCCCGAGGUCUCUACACCGUUCCCACCUCUUCAGCCAGAACCGGGGGGCAGUGGGGAGCUGAAUGCCGUGGGGUCAGAGGACAGCCAGGCAGCCCCAAAAGAAGCACCUGGGUCGCGGCCCCGUAUCAACCUCCGUGGGGUCAUGAGGUCCAUUAGCCUCCUGGAGCCGCCCUCCGAGCUGGACAGCCCCUCCGGCGAUGCUGACCUGCCAGAGGUUUUCUCUUCAAAAGAAUCUUCAGAUGAGGAGCCUCCCCAGCCCUUCCCUCAGCCCUCAAGCGCCAAGGGAGGCCGGCAGGUCCGCAGGGGGCCUUGGCCUGCCCUGAAGUCCCGCCAGUCGGUGGUGGCCCUCAACAGCGCCGCCCUGGUGGCCAGCCGGACCCGGGCCUUCCAGGAGCAGGGGGAGGCCGGCUGUGCGUCCACACCCAGGCACCAGAAGAUUGUGAGGCAGGCCAGCGUGGAUAGCAGUGGGGAGGAGGGAGAGGCGUGAGCCCUCACGCGUGCCCAUGCCCCCUUAGACACAAGUCGAGGCGCCCAAGCACAGCUCCUGGGGCGAGCACCCCUCAGUCCUGCCAGUCUGUUCACAUUCCUCUUAGGAGGAGGCCGCAGGCUCCUGUCACUACAGCCUCAGCGCCUACAGCCUUAAGUCUCUGACCCAUGUCCACCUCUCCAAGGGCUCAAGAUUUUCUCCAUAUUUGGGGAUAUGGUAGAGACUGAAGGUGCCUUUGCGGGCAACAGUACCCUAGCUUCAUUCUCAACUGCUGCCUGAAACACACACUUGAAGCCACAGAUUUAAAAAACAGAGUUUCCCAGUGCAGAAAGGCUCAGGCUCCCUCCCUCUCCCACUCCCGUCUGCCUCAUCUCCCCAGCCCCGCCAUUUCAUUCCUGGGGCCCUCCAGAGAAGCAGUGCCCCCUCGCCCACCACCCGCCCCCGCCCCCCCCCCCAACCAAGGCCGAGAGUAAACUCAGUCCUCAGUGCCCGGACCCCUCCAGUGGGGCUGGCGGUCGGCCUCGCUCACACGCCCUGUGAGCAGCCUGAGUCUGCUGCUGCCCCAGCGCCCUCACCAGCACUGCACUGGAGCCCAGGGCACCAGGCCAAAGAGAGUCUUCUUUGUGCUUCAUGGCCUCUGGCCAGUUUUUCACAGUCUUAAUAGUAUCUCGCUUUGUACUCAGAAAUAAAAAACAUUUUCAUACCAUUUUCAAUUUUA